AUGUCCUCUUGUCAAUGUUGUUUAACAUCACACCCGUUACGUCUUAUUGAACGUCUUAAUUCAUCAAUUCAAAUAAUUAAAUUAAUACGUAGAAAUUGUUCAAUAUUUGAAGCAAUUCUUUUAAAUGAAUAUGAACAAUUAGAAAGAAUAUCAGUAAAUUUCAAUAGAUAUCUCAUACAUUAUAAUACAAUUUCUAAUCAAAUAUUUUUCAUUUUAUCUCAAUUUAUGAAACAAUUAAAUAAUCGUUUAGAAAAUUUAACAAAAAUUCUAUACGAACUUGAAUGUUUAACAAAAAAUUGUACAAUUUGGUUAAAAAAUAAUUCGAUAAAAUCACUUCGUUCUCAAUUAAAAUCUUACGGAAAACAAUUAGAUCUAUUUAUUCAUUUAAAUAAACAAUAUUCAUAUAAAACUAAUUCACCAAAAAAAUUUUCAAUAUUUCAAAUAAAUUAUCAACAACAAUGUUUACAAAUGGAUUUGAUUGAACGUGAUUAUUUAAAAUUAUUUCUUACAAGUAUUCAAUUAUUUCUAUUAAUUAUUUCAAAUGAAACUAACAGAAAUACUUUUCCAACAAUAAAUAUCGAUCAAGAUAUUAAACAAUGGACAGAAGAUAAUAAAUUUCAUAUUACAUGGUUACCUAAUGAACAUCAACAAAUCCAACAAUCCUCGUCAGAUAUUGAAAUUAAAGCAAUAGAAAAUGAUGAUAAUCAAGCAGAAUAUGCAUAUGAAUCAAAUCUAAGUUGGUCAUUUACAUUACCAAAAAAAGAAGAUGAUUCAUCAGUGAGUUAA